CGAAGAACCCCUUGAUGACUCUCCUUACAAAAUGUGUAGUUGCAGGAGGUAUAAAAGGGUGUUGACAACUUGCACGCACGUCAGCAGCGCUAAAUUAAGUAGUCGAAGUGCUUAGAGCAACAAUAGAUUUUAUUCUAAAAAUAAUGGCGCAAGCAAACCAGGUGAAAACACCAGUAACCAGAUUUUUGAGAAAGCACCACCCUAUGGAACAUACAGAACUUACAACGACGCCAUGGUCGUCGGAAAAGAAAGCAUCAGGGUUAUCACCAAUCCAUCCAUCGGAGACAAGGAGGAACAGACGCAAGCCUUGCCAAGCUGCCGGUAUUUUCCCAAUUAAGCCCAUAGGAAAGUUGGGUAGAAGCUGCUUGCCAGUUCCAGUUCUCACAGGCAGUACAUAUAGAAAGCCAAAUAAGUCCAAUCCAUCGGACUUUGUGCGUUCAGGAAAAUCUCGUAUUCCAGUGCUGAAAACCCAACAUACAAUGCACGGGCCUAGGAUUGAGGCCUUAAAAAAGAAGGAGAAAGAAUUGACUAUAGAAUUGAUAAAAACACGGACGGAGCUGGAAAGGGUAGAGGGUCUACAAAAGAAGCUCCUUGUUCUGAAACCAACGCCCAUUAGGAGACCCAAGCGUCGUUCAAAAUCAUUGGCGUUAGGCGCUUCGUUCAUGGACAGUCCUUUCACUGACAGUGAAAGCCCUAAAAUCGAAAAAAUGUCACCAUUGAUUCUGUCCAUGACCCAAUCGAAAAAUCCUAGAAAUCUCUAUGAGACUUAUCGCCCAACGUGUAAAUUCCUGCAAACACCGAGACAAUCGACUUUUAAACUGCGCUCAAGAGCUUCGACUCCCAACAAUGAUACAGAUAUUUCGGGUCGAAUUCAGUGCCAAUUGGAAAAUCUGUUCGUAUAAAUCGGUUCCUGUAGAUAAGUUUUAGUUUUUAUCAUUGUAAAAUAUUUUUUUAAGGAUACGUUAAUAAAUUAUUUUAAAACAUGA